GAGAUGCACAGAGUAUGAACACACAAGAGCGCUAAGAAACGUUAUCUAAGGAGGAGGGCCAGCUCUUCGUGGUGUGUAAACAGGAUCAUACAAUCGCCUUCUGUGGUCUUGGCAACGUGGGGUAGCGUUAUUUUCACAGACCAGAAAUGCAGUCUGUGGUCAAACAAAACCUUCAUUCGGAGGUUGAAGGCGACAUCAACAAACUCAUCAAUCUGAAACUCAAUGCAUCCUACACCUACCUUUCCCUGGGGAUGUAUUUUGACAGGGAUGAUGUUGCUCUGCCAAACUUCUCAAGUUUUUUCCUGGAGCGCUCGGUGAAGGAGAGGGAACAAGCUGAGAAGCUGCUGGAAUAUCAGAACAUGAGGGGAGGCCGAAUUUUGCUCCAGACAAUUGCUAAACCAAGUAGAGAGGAUUGGAGAGGUGGUCUGGAUGCACUGUCCUUUUCCCUGGAAUAUCAGAAGUCCAUGAACACGUGUGUCCUUGAUGUGCACCGCAGAGGUGGCACCCACACUGACCCUCAUCUGUGCGACUUCCUUGAACAGCACUUCCUCACCGACAGCCACGACACCAUCAAGAAGCUGGGCGAUUACAUUGGCAGUCUGACUCGCCUCGCUGCAUCCGAGACCCAUGGUUCCAUGGGAGAGUACCUCUUUGAUAAACACACUCUGUAAAGGUCACAGCAGUACGUUAUUACAAGGUCCUCAUUUACAUAGAUGCAUAGAGACACUGUGCUUUCUUUUCCGUUAAAAAAAAACUUCAUAAUAUUUUCACCGUUUACCACAAACCUCGUUGGUUUACCAAUGAGAUGAACUCCUGAGCAAGUUGCAUACAAAUACCUCAAUUUUACUUUAAAAAAAAAAAAAGUGGAAAAAUGUUCUCACCAAAAUGGUGCUAAAACUGCCAUUUUCCUAAGCUGUUAAGUCACUUGUUCACAUCUCAGUUGUGUCGUAUCUCAUGCAUUCCAAGGUCACAGGCUUCAACCUUCACAACUGUUUUGUAAAAAUGCAUACAAUUUGGGUCAAAGAAAAUGAUUUUAAUAAAUUUUACCUUUUGGAAUUCCA